UACAUUUUCACUGAAGAUGUAAUAACUUCUUAUUUAAAACGAAAUAAAAUGUUGAUACGGCUCAUUUCCGAUUGAGAAUUUCAAAUAUGAGGGUGAAAGUUUGAUUUAUUAUCGUUGGACCGGCUGCAGCUUGACUGGCGAGCCCGCCUACAAUGGGCGUGGCUAACGGCGGAGGGGCGUGGCUAAAGACGGGGUGGCACGUUGAAAAGGGGCGUAGAGCUAAAAAAUAAAUAAAAAAUGAACAAAUCUAUUUUUUUACUACAUCCACCCUUUCUGCCUGCGCAUCUUCUUAGAUUGUUGGACCACGUCGAUACUAGUGAGCCGCCUUUCCUGCACUCCUCUCGGGAAACAACCUGUUUGAUAUCACUGCGCUUUUAUUUCUGCGUCAAGUUAAUUUAAGAAGAAACAAAAAAAACGCCGCUCUUCUUGCGAAGAAUGGCGAAAGGAGAAGGAGGCGAACAAUACUCCAACGCCAAUUUAUUGAACAAACCGGUCGACUCGGACGGAAUCAAGCUCGCCAGGAAGCAUGAACACGGGAACAGACUGUCGGUCUGCAACAAGCUCUGCUACGCCGUCGGCGGCGCCCCCUACCAGAUCACGGGCUGCGCCCUGGGGUUCUUCCUGCAGAUCUAUCUGCUGGACGUCGCUCAGCUGGAUCCCUUCUACGCCUCCAUCAUAAUGUUCGUGGGCCGAGCGUGGGACGCCGUGACGGACCCGACGGUGGGCUUCCUGGUCUCCCGGAGCCCGUGGACGCGUUUCGGGCGCAUGCUGCCCUGGAUCCUGUUCUCGACCCCCGUGGCGGUGCUCGCCUAUUUCCUCAUCUGGUGCGUUCCUCCCUUCGAGGAAGGCAAAGUCAUCUGGUACCUGUUCUUCUACUGCAUCUUCCAGACCCUUCAAACCUGCUUCCAUGUGCCGUACUCGGCCCUCACCAUGUUCAUCAGCUCCGACCAGAAGGAACGAGACUCCGCCACCGCAUACCGGAUGACGGUGGAGGUUCUGGGCACCGUUCUGGGCACCGCGAUCCAGGGCCAGAUCGUGGGCAUGGCGACCGCUCCCUGCCUCCCGGGACCCGGGGACCUCGCGGCGGACCUGAACUCCUCGCUGUCCGUCGGCCUCAACGCGACGGGGCCCGUCAUCUCCCUGGACGACACGAAAGCGGCCUACAUGAUCGCCUCCGGCGUCAUCUGCAUCAUCUACAUCCUGUGCGCCAUUGUUCUUUUCUUCGGCGUGAAGGAGCGGAAAGAGUCUUCUCGCCCCAGGUCGGCGCCCAUGGGUUUCUUCCAGGGCAUCAAGCUGGUGAUGGGACACGGACCGUACGCCAAGCUGGUCAUGGUCUUCCUCUUCACCUCGCUGGGCUUCAUGCUCCUGGAGGGAAACUUCGCCCUGUUCUGCAGCUCGACGCUGGGCUUCAGAAACGACUUCCAGAAUAUACUGCUGGCCAUCAUGCUGUCUGCUACUCUCGCCAUCCCCUUCUGGCAGUGGUUCCUGACUCGCUUUGGGAAGAAGACGGCGGUCUGCGCCGGCAGCUUGUCGGUGAUCCCCUUCAUGAUCCUCGUGGUGUGUGUGAAGAGCAACCUGAUCGUCACCUACUUCGUCUCCUUCGCCGCCGGCGUGGGCGUGGCCGCAGCCUUCCUGCUGCCCUGGUCCAUGCUGCCCGACGUCGUCGACGACUUCCAAGUGCAGAACCCGGGGUCCACCGGGCACGAGGCGCUCUUCUAUUCCUUCUACGUCUUCUUCACCAAGUUCGCCUCCGGAGUCUCCCUCGGCAUCUCCACGCUCAGUUUAGACUUCGCGGGCUACAUCAGUCGAGGCUGCACUCAGCCGGAGGAAGUGGCGAUCACCUUGAAGGUGCUGGUGUCGGCCGCGCCCAUCGGGCUCAUCCUCAUCGGCCUCGUCAUCCUCUACUCGUAUCCGAUCACAGAGGAGAAGAGGCAAGGCAACCGCAAGCUGCUGCAGGAGCUGAGGGACGAAGCCAAUUCAGAAACUGACUCGACGGAACUGGCCAACAUGAUCUAGGAGACUCCUGGAGGCCCGCGGACCAAUGGGCGGAUUUUGCACUGGGCAACUUACCUGGAACUGUCGUGUCACGCAGACGCUGCCCUCCACUCACACUGCUGCUGUUCCUCAACAACAACAACACUUGAUGGACUCAAAGUGCCAAACUCCUCCACUUUUUCCCCAGCGUUAAAUGUUCACUCUCCUUUCUCGCUCCGUCAGAUCUCAAAAGCCGUACUUUUUGUGUAUAACAAACUACUUUUGAGCACUUUUCCUGGGGGGCGGAGGGGUUGGUCUUGUUCUCAGUCGAAAUUGCACAAAAACCAUGAAAUGUGAUGUCAGUGUAUUUUAGUCAGAGCUGCCGUCCGGCGCAGUUUCGAUCCCCGCACCGGCCACAGGGGGCGCCGACGACCUCGAGACGCGAGCGACUUGAACGGCGACGACACCGUAAAGGUUCAGAACCAACGGGACGACGCGUGUGUGAAUCCACUCUGGAGCUGUCGCCCGGGUGUGUAUAUCUGAACACAUUUAAAUGUUUUUAUUAUUUUUUCUCCAUUAAGACUCAUAGUUGCGUGACUCCAGUCAGCCAGGUUGAAUAUCAUCCCAUCCCACUGGCUUUCUUCUUCUUCUUCUGUCUAAGAAGCCGUCAUAAUGUGAUGUUUGGACGAUCAGUAACGGCCUCAGAACUCCAGUAAGUUCCCCACCAGAGUACUGAAACCACUACACCAGUAGAACCAGUUAGUUUACUGACAUCGUAUUUAUAGGACCGCUACUGGAAAUGGGGGAAAAUUUUUUUUGGUAAACUCUUUCAUUUCCUUAAUACUGAGCGAAAAGAGGCGUCUAUAGCCGCCUCCCAUUGAGUUAUAUCAUUAUUUAAAUAUUUAUUAGUUUCGUUUUUUCCCGUGUUUUUCUUUUCUUUAGGAAUUGACGUUUGCUGGAAAGUGUUUCUUCUUGCAGUAUUUAAAUCUCUAUAUUUUAGGCCUCUGAGGUUCCAACUGGAUUAGAAGAUUCAAAGUGAGGGUUUUGGAAAGGGAAGCACAUCAUUGGAGGAAGCAAAAACAAAGAAUAGUGUGUGUGUGUGUGUGUUUAAUGAAGAAACAACCAGGAUGCUCUGUGAUCAUCAGUACCUGUCAUUAAAGUGUGGAUUGACAUAGUUCAUAUGCAUCGCUAUGGAAACGUGUACAUACUGCGGCGUGUUUUCUUUGAGAGAUUCCUAAGAUCUCCGAGCGGACGCUCUAAACGCCAACCUUUUUAAAGUCUAAUAAUUGUAAAGCUCACCCCUGUUUAAUAUGUGUCUCUGCUCUGGAUCGUCGGUGAACUUCAUGACCUUUGAGGCUGUAGCCAGAUGUGUGAGCGUCAUGACCUUUGACCCAGCGGGGACACGCGGACGCCCUUGUGCCUCCUGUGCAUAUGUACAUAUGUAUGUAAAUAUCUUUGAUAUUUUGUGGCUGUGAAAUGGACCUAUGAACACUGUAGUUAUUUAAGAAAAUGAUGAGAAUGAAAACAAAAUAUUGUUAAUAAAUACUAAUUGAUCAAUGUAA